AUGUUUUAAUCCGAUAGUGAAGAGGAGGAUUCAUUAAUAGUAUGUUAAAUAAAAAAUAUGAAUGUAGAUAGGUGAUAUCAUAUAAGGAAGAUUUGAGAUUCAUUCAAAGAUUGGUUGUGGUUCUUUUGGUUAGGUUUACAAAGUGAUUGAUUAAAAAUAUGGUAAUACUCCAUAUGCAAUGAAAGUGGAAUUUGGAAGUUAAGAAUGUAAUUUAUUGGAAAAGGAAAUAAAAGUUUUAAUAGAUUUGAGGUAAGAAUGAGAUUUUGUAAAAAAAUAUAAGAAAAAAGGUUGGAUUUCCAGAGAUAAAGUUUUAUGGGAAAGAAAAGAGAUAUACAUUUUGUGUGAUGAAUAUUUUAGGGAGAAAUUUAGAAUCCGUGAUUAGAAAAUGUGGAGGUUGGUUUUCACUUUAAACUGUUUUACGAUUGGCAAUUUAAGUUAUUACACAGUCAAAAUU